ACCAAAAAGUUUUAGGUCUGUAAUAUUCAAAAUCGAUAAUACCUUUUUUUUGAAGCAUACCACCCUAUCCAACUUGUAUCUGCUCACAAACUGAGAUGUCGCUCUUUCACUAUAUUACGUAUAAGUGUAUAAUUAUAAAAGACAAAAGACUUGGUUUUGCUUAUUAUUCCCUUGCUCUUAUUAUAUUGCUUUAUACUUUCGUUCAAAUAAUCAUAAACAAAGCAUAUUUAAAGUUUGAUUAUUCACCAAAAGGAAGUAUUAGACUUCUUGUUAGCACUCCACCAUUUAACAAUGCAGCUCAUCCUUCAUAUUGUGAUAAUAAUUUAUGCAAGCGAGUUGAUGGUUUAACACUCAAUUGGCCUGUGGAAUCUAAAGCUGUUACAAUUGCUACAUUUAUGAAAGAAAUUGUGCAAGAAAAAAAAUGCUUUACUAAUUCAAUAAAUGACAUAAAUUUUAAUACCCAUACUGACUAUUCUGCAAUAAGUCAUAGCAGUUACUAUCCAAUGUAUCCUGAGGAAGCUUUGGUGAAAAUUGAACAUUCAAUAUCAACAUCAUCAUUAUUUUCUGCAUCACAUAGAAUGAUGACAGGUGUAUUAUUGGGAUCAGAUGGACAUCCUUUAAAAUUUCUAAACUCAAACAAUUCUUCAAGUGUUGACAAACUCUAUUUAAAAGAUUUUUUAAAGGCAGCUAAUAUAUCACUAGAUCGUCACUCUGAUGCUUUAAGUUCAAGAAAUCGAACAUAUCGCCAAAAUGGUCUUGUGCUGCGUGUCACCAUUGAUUACAGCAAUGCUAAAGGGUGGUUUGGAAAAGGUAAAACUGAAUACACAUACAGCGUAGAGCAUAAUCUUUACUCUGAUUAUCGUAUUAAACAAGAGUUGCCUAUCGCUUUGCCUAAUGGAACUAUAUGCAAGAGGGUUGUCAUUAAACGCUAUGCUGUUCGUAUAGAAUUUGUUCAAGUUGGAAAAAUAGGUGAAUAUUCAAUGUCGAACUUAAUACUGCAAAUAGUUUCAUUAAUGGGACUUCUCACACUAGCAACCACCAUCAUUGAUGUUGCAGCACUUUAUGUUGUACCUGAUAAAGGUAUAUACCGCCAGUAUGUUUUCGACUCCUCUCCUGAAUUACAAACUAACGUUCGAGAUGAAAAAGCGAAUUUAUUAGAAAAAAAGGAUCAGUAGUGUGAAUUCAUUUUUAUAAAUUAAAAAGUUCAGCAAUAUUUUAUAAUAA